CAUUCCCACGGAACCAAACCAAAAGAUCUUUCUAGAAUCCCAAAUAUUCAAAACCAACACUCCAUUAUAUAAACACCUUUUCAACUUCUCUACCCUCCAUUCUAAAAACAAUAACUUCUUUACCCUCACAAUUCUCUUCAUUUUUCACGUUUCUCUCUUCUCUUCGCUACACUAAAACAAGAAACCCUAGAACCUUUCUACAACAAAUCAACAAUGGCCGGAAAAGGAGAAGGUCCUGCAAUCGGUAUCGAUCUCGGAACAACGUACUCUUGCGUCGGAGUAUGGCAGCAUGAUCGUGUCGAAAUCAUCGCCAACGAUCAAGGAAACCGUACGACGCCGUCUUAUGUAGGGUUUACGGAUACUGAGAGGUUGAUCGGUGAUGCUGCUAAGAAUCAAGUCGCCAUGAAUCCUGUUAAUACCGUCUUUGAUGCGAAGCGUUUGAUUGGAAGGAGAAUUUCUGAUGCUUCUGUUCAGAGUGACAUGAAACUAUGGCCAUUCAAGGUUAUUCCCGGUCCUGCUGACAAGCCAAUGAUUGUAGUUAACUACAAAGGUGAGGACAAGCAAUUUGCUGCGGAAGAGAUUUCCUCUAUGGUUCUCACAAAGAUGCGGGAGAUCGCCGAGGCUUAUCUUGGUUCCACCGUGAAGAAUGCUGUUGUUACAGUUCCUGCUUAUUUCAAUGAUUCUCAGCGUCAAGCCACAAAGGAUGCUGGUGUUAUUGCUGGUCUUAAUGUCAUGCGUAUUAUCAAUGAACCCACUGCUGCUGCUAUUGCUUAUGGACUUGAUAAGAAGGCUACAAGUGUUGGUGAAAAGAAUGUGUUGAUUUUUGAUCUUGGUGGUGGUACUUUUGAUGUUUCUCUUCUUACUAUUGAAGAGGGUAUCUUUGAAGUUAAAGCCACUGCUGGUGAUACUCAUCUUGGUGGUGAAGAUUUUGAUAACAGAAUGGUUAACCAUUUUGUUCAAGAGUUUAAGAGGAAGAAUAAGAAGGAUAUUAGUGGGAACCCUAGGGCACUUAGGAGAUUGAGAACUGCUUGUGAGAGAGCAAAGAGGACUCUUUCAUCUACUGCACAGACCACCAUUGAAAUUGAUUCUCUUUAUGAAGGUGUUGAUUUUUACACUACAAUCACUCGUGCAAGGUUUGAGGAACUCAACAUGGAUCUCUUCAGGAAGUGUAUGGAGCCUGUAGAGAAGUGUUUGAGAGAUGCAAAGAUGGAUAAGAGCACAGUUCAUGAUGUUGUUCUUGUUGGUGGUUCUACUAGGAUUCCAAAAGUUCAGCAAUUGUUGCAGGAUUUCUUCAAUGGAAAGGAACUUUGCAAGAGCAUCAACCCUGAUGAAGCUGUUGCUUAUGGAGCUGCUGUUCAAGCAGCUAUAUUGAGCGGUGAAGGCAAUGAAAAGGUUCAAGAUUUGUUGCUUUUGGAUGUUACUCCAUUGUCUCAAGGUUUGGAAACUGCUGGUGGUGUCAUGACUGUAUUGAUUCCAAGAAACACUACAAUUCCAACCAAGAAGGAACAAGUUUUCUCUACUUACUCCGACAAUCAACCUGGUGUCUUGAUCCAAGUCUACGAGGGUGAAAGAGCAAGAACAAGAGACAAUAACUUGUUGGGAAAAUUCGAGCUUUCGGGCAUUCCUCCGGCUCCUCGUGGCGUUCCUCAAAUCACUGUCUGCUUUGACAUUGAUGCUAAUGGUAUCUUGAAUGUCUCUGCUGAGGACAAGACAACCGGACAGAAGAACAAGAUCACAAUUACUAAUGAUAAAGGUAGACUCUCAAAAGACGAGAUUGAGAAGAUGGUGCAAGAAGCAGAGAAAUACAAGGCUGAAGACGAGGAACACAAGAAGAAGGUGGAUGCAAAGAAUGCUUUGGAAAACUAUGCUUACAACAUGAGGAACACAAUUAAAGAUGAGAAAAUUGGUUCAAAGCUUUCACCUGAAGACAAGAAGAAGAUUGAUGAUGCAAUUGAAGCUUCUAUUCAGUGGUUGGAUAGUAACCAAUUGGCAGAGGCUGAUGAGUUUGAAGAUAAGAUGAAGGAACUUGAGGGUCUUUGUAAUCCAAUCAUUGCAAAGAUGUACCAAGGUGGUGGUGCUCCUGAUAUGGCUGGUGGUAUGAAUGAUGAUGUUCCUCCAUCUGGGUCUAGUGGUGCUGGCCCCAAAAUUGAAGAAGUCGAUUAAAUUAGAUCUUUCUGUUUAAUUAGAUGUGACCCUUUUGUUUUAUAAAAUUGGCCAGUGUUUUGGUUUUUUUUUUUUUUUUUCUUCUUUUGAUAUGGUGAUGAUUAUAGGGUUAUUUUGUUACCUUUUUGAGUAACAACUGGAUGGAAAGUUAUGUAAUAUGUAUAAGAAUUCUUUUUUGGCAAUGGAAGGAAGCAAUUUACUGGCUAA